AUUAAUUAAUGAUUUAUUUUAUGAUAAUGUCAGACAUGUGAAUUCACUAGUUUGACCUGUGUUGGGCAGCUGAUUAGGAGGCUGGACUUUACAGCAGGAGAAAUACAGUGAAAUAAAUAAAUGGUGUCGCUUUAAGACGACAGCUAGAGGGAGGAGUACAAACCGGAUUCUAUUUAUUUUUCCCAAAACAGUUCUUGUAGUUCGUACACGUUUAUAGUUAGUAGUCCGAUGGACUGGUCACUAAAACUAAAUUAAUUUAAUCUAAACUUCUAUAACUGAGGGAGAAACAAACAGCAGCAACAUGUCAGUCUAUAAAUACUGAAAACUUCUGUAUCAGAAAUAAUAAUAAUAAAAAAAGCAAUACAGGUUUAAUAAAAAUCCUGAUUAUUACUGAGCACUUUUAAAUAACAGAUCCUAUAUUUGGAAAUGCGUAUAUUAUAAAUAUGUUUUGAGGAGGCUCGUAGCAUUAAUUUUACAUUGGCUUCUCCGUGGCUUCUUUCUCCGCUUUUAUUAUGUAUGGUGUAGCGGCACCCGGAAGUGAUGGCUUUAAGUUCCUUCAUAAUAUUAGGGCGCUUGCAGGAGUCGAUUGAAUAAACAAGGUGGAUCAAUGUCGCGUUUGAUGAAACGAUGAACUAUGCCGUGGCGAGGGAUUGUCUCUAAUACAUCACCGUUUUGAUCGGCGUUAUCAAUGCGUUUAGGUUUUAUUUGCUUAGUUUAACAACGCCUUGCAGACGAGCACUGGAUUUGGAGGGGGGGGGGGGAUCAAUUGUGGUCUGGCUUGCGAGCUGUUGUUGUAUCCACAGUGUGUCAUUUAGGUGAGAUCGUAGCCACGUGGAGGAAUUACUGAUUACACGGACUAUUGUAUCAUUUGGAGAGAAUGGCAGAGCUACACAUUGAAGCGAGUGCGGGCGGCCUCAUUGAGCAGAGCGAGCACCGGGAGACCCGCGGCUCGGUUAGCAUGCGCCUCCCGUCGCCCAGCUUUGUUCUUCCAUCUCGGAGCGGUUCUGCCAGCCCGGGCCUGUCCGCGUCGAGAGCCGUGUUCGGUUUCCCAAUGAAGAGCAGCCCCACAUCCCCAACAGAGUCCACAGAGAAACCGGGGUCCCGGUGGGUCCGGCUCAAUGUCGGAGGCACCUACUUUAUCACAACCAAACAAACCCUAUGCAGGGAUCCCAAAUCCUUCCUGUACCGACUCUGUCAGGAAGAUCCUGAUCUGGACUCGGAUAAGGAUGAGACAGGAGCUUAUUUGAUUGAUAGAGAUCCCACGUACUUUGGACCUAUCUUGAAUUAUCUGAGGCACGGAAAGCUGAUCAUCAACAAGAACCUUGCUGAGGAAGGUGUUCUAGAGGAAGCUGAGUUUUAUAACAUUGCGUCAUUGGUGAGGCUGGUAAAGGAGAGGAUACGAGACAAUGAGAACAGGACGUCUCAGGGCCCAGUGAAACAUGUGUAUCGUGUACUUCAGUGCCAAGAAGAGGAACUCACCCAGAUGGUCUCCACAAUGUCUGAUGGGUGGAAGUUUGAGCAGCUUAUAAGCAUUGGCUCCUCUUACAACUACGGAAAUGAGGACCAAGCGGAGUUCCUGUGUGUGGUUUCCCGGGAACUUAACAACUCCACUAAUGGGAUUGUUAUUGAGCCAACUGAGAAAGCUAAGAUUCUUCAGGAGAGAGGAUCCCGGAUGUAAGGAGACCUUUUUAGCUGUGCUGACACAGAUUCCCCCCCUCCCCUCCUCUCCUCUCUUCUAGUUUCUCUUCUUUAACCAUACAGCUGACUCAGUCAGCUCACAUGGCUACCCUUCCUUUCUAUCACCCUCCUCCCUUGUGCCUUUCCACAUUGGGGGGUGUCCCCCUCCCUGCAGUGCUGCAACAUCACCCAUCCAGCACCAUCACCUGAGGUCACUGCUGUUAUAAAAAAAAAAAAAAUAAAAAGUACAAAGUUAGAUGAUCUGUGAUGAUGCAGGACUCACUAUGAUGACUGGGGGGGAGUCCAAGUAAUAUUUGGGUCUGUCACUAUAACAACUGAUGUAGUCAUCUACAAUGCCUCGGAACUUGAUCAUUAAUCGCUUUCAUAUCCUCGUCAUAAUCAUCUAUAGACUUUGUCAUUGCUGGCAUGCUAGUUACAAGGGAUGCCUGUGCCCUGGUCAGCUAGGCUGUGUUAUCAUCAUCAAAAUCUCCUCAGGACUUCCAGGGGUGCAAAAAAAAAAAACCUAGUAGAAAAAAGCAGAAAUGUUUGCCCCCUACACCCCUCUCAUAUUAAGCACAUUUACUCACUGUGUAAAACCGAGCGAGUGUAUAAGUUAAUAUCAGCAGCAACACUCACUCGUUAUCAUUUCAGUGUCUACCACAGCCUGGCUUGGCCUUUGAACAUGCAGAGCCAUUUUUGUAUUGUAGUGUAUCUUUUUAUUUCACUCUUUCCCCUUGUGUUUGACCCACCUGAAUUCAUUGAAGGGUAUCGGAUGUUCCAAGUCACGUUGGAGGUGUUUAUUUAUCCCCUCAUGACAUGUGCGCGUCAAAAAAGAAACAUGCAAUGCUGAUGGUGUGAAAAGAUUAUGAACAUGGUUUUGUUACACUAGAGUUUGUUAGAAAACCAGUUUGUGUAUCGUAACAGUCACAUUUGACUAAGGAAGCUUAUGAAUCAACUUGUGCUCCUAGUUAGUUUUGUCCAGUGCCUCAUCACUUAUUUGCGUAUGUAAAUGAUUUUUUUUUGUUUGUGUGUUGUGUUCACCCUCUGGCUAUUUUUAUGCGACUGGAAAACUGGCACUCCAUAGUCUUAUUUCACACUAUUUCUCAAAAAUUGUUUUGUUUCUCUCUCUCUCUAUAUAAGUGCAUCAGUUCUUUUUGUCACAAAUGAGCUCCAUGAGACUGUUGACAGACAACAUGCUCAAACGAUUUUUGAGUCACUGCAGAACUCUGUUCUGUACUAUGAUUGUUCAUCUUUUUUCGACUUGGUAAGAUCAGCUCCAGUUCUCCAUAGAACUCUUUUUAUUUUGGCUGUUUAACUGUUCUAUCUCAUAUUUAAAAAAAAAAAAAGAAAAACAUUAGAUAAGUUAUAGUGGAAUAGCAGUGAAUGUUAAGGGCUCUAUUUUACAUGGAUUGAGAUGCUUGCCCUCAUGUCAAAAAUCUAUCGUAUAACUUCAGGUAAACUGUGCUUCUUUCAUAAUUUGACAUCAGCCAGUAUUUGGUCCUGUUUUACAUGUAAUUUCCUCAUUGUUUGAUAUCUAUCCACUUAAGACUAGCUUUCUAAAUAAAAUCACACACCCUUAAAAGUUAACUACUUUAACAUAAGGUCCUUGUUAAAUAUCACAUAGAAUGUAAAACUGCAUGUUUUGAUGUCUGUUAUUCAUGUUCAUUAAGAAGCCGCUGUCAUAGGCAGCAUGUAGAUGUAAAACUUUUGGUUUCAAUUGCACAUUUAAAAGCACUAUUUUUUUUUUUCAUUUGGCCCCUGCUUUAAAAUGUGACGCAAAGUAGAAGGGGUUGCCAAAAACGUGCUCCAUAUUAUAGUAUUUAUUUAGGUUUUAUAACCUAAAAUAGAAAUAGUUUUAAGGCAAAUUUAGAUGUUUCAUAUACCUUCUUGCUUUUGGACACUGAGAAUUUGCUAUUGAACUCCUAUGAGUACUCGGAGUUGAUGAAAUGCAUCCCGUGGAGUGUUCCUCUUUGUUCAGUCAGAGUUGUUUAUUAUUGAAGUUUUCAUAUUGUGCUAUUCUCCCUGCUGCUGAAAAGUAAGAUAUGAUCUUCAACAAUGUGUUUGCUUAAUGACUCAUGCAAAAUAGGAAAGUGGUGGGAGUUGGGGAUUCCUGUCUGUUUGGAUAGUAUACGAUCAUCACUGAGGCAAAAUAAGCUGUCUUUACUCUGUAUUAUACACAGAUGUCCUUGUAGCACUGUGUCUAAUGUUGUGCACAGUUUCCUUUGUACAGGGUUCUUUAGCCAAACUCCUGGCUAAAACCGGUGGGUUCUUACAAUCCAAAGCCCAAAAUGGCAAAAUGUUAAGCUUUUAUUCGUCUUAACAACAAAUCGUUAAUCAGAAAAAAAACAAGAUUUAAACACAUGCACUUGAGAGACCUCUUGUGUCACAAUUUACUUGUUUACUUUGUUGUAGUUAACUGUUUGAAGGGAAAAAGCUAGAAACAUGGCAUUUCACUUAUAUAGUCUUCUUGUGCACAAAUGUAGAAUAAUGAUGAUGGUCUGGGCUCUUUUUUGUAGCCAUCAACAUUUCUUUAAAAACCACAAGUUUUCCCCCAAGGCUUAAACAAUUAAAGAAAUGAAAGGGAAUCCCUAUUUCAUAUUAUGUUCUUUAUUUAUUUUUUUUUUCAUUUCCUGAUUACUGAUAUGUUAAGACCAUUCAGAGCUUAAUAAUUUGCCAUUUUGGCCUUGGCCUAUUUUUUUUUUUUUUUUUUUUUUUUUUUUUUUAAACUAGGAUUGCUUAAUGGUCCCUUGUUUCAAAAACUGAAUGUGUUUAGUUCAAUUUCACAUGUUCAUUAUGUCAGUGUUGGUGGUUAAUGUUUUUACUCACAUUGUAAAGAAACGUUUUGUUUGCACCCUUAAUGUUUUUAUUGCACUUUAAUUAUGUUGGUGUCUUUUUUUGUUUAUUUCUGUCAAACAGCAGAGAUGUGGAGAAAUGUCAUGUUUGUAUACUUUAGGUCAAUUUUAAAACAAUUAUCCCUUUUUUUUUUUUUUUUUUUGGUAAGAUUUGUGUAUCAUAAAGAAAUAGGAGCAUAUAGGAGCCACUGAAUUAUAGAUUCAUUUUCCAUGUCCAUUUUCCCAUUUGUGUGUAUUAAACAGAGGCAAAAAAACCCAUGUUUUCUGUGGAAGGAGGAAAAAAAAAAAUUUCACUGAGGUUAUUUGGUGUUCUGUCAAACUGUGGAGAGGGAGGGGACUGUGUUUUCUGGUAUGUGAACUUGAAAGCAUGCAUUGUGUUAGAGUAUAUAAUAUUCUAUACUGGGACUUUGUCUAGCCUUGUGGUGUUGUAGGGGUAAAAUGGUGCAUGGACAGUUUUUCAGAGCUUCUGGAUGCCAUGUGCAAGGGGAAAACUUUCAGACAGAUGAUUCGCAAACUCCUGUUUAUUCUGUUAUUUUUUUUUUUUUGUCCAAAUCUACAAUAUGUGGAUAAAUGUCUUUUUUAAAACAGACAUUUAGAAAGUGAGUCAGUUGGUCAGGAAUGCAGACCCGUUGUAUUAGUUUGUGUUAAAUAGUCUGUCUGUCACAAUAGUCUGCAUCACCUGCAUGCUUGGAUAUACAGUACAUACACACGUGUGCAUGUGGGCACACACAUACCGAGAAAGGCAUAUAAACUUUUAUAGCAAACCUGCUCCUUACACCAGAUGUUUUGAAUGUGUUAAGUUAUCGACUGUAUUGAUGUCAUGUGUGACCUUUUGUCUAAAAGUUUGUGGAGCUAAGUGUUCUGGAAAAUGAUAGUCUUGGUCAAAUUGUCUAUAUAUAUAUAUAUAUAUAUAUAUAUAUAUAUAUAUAUAUAUAUAUAUAUAUAUAUAUAUAUAUAUAUAUUAGUUUUUUUUCCUAAUGUCAUCUGAUGCAGAUUCUUUUACUGUACAGAUUGCAACGAGGGGGAAAAAGCUGAAAAGAAGUCUGAUUUUUAUCAUAAAAUGUAUUUGUGUCCCAAAAAAAAAAAAAGUUGUUGUACUUCAUUUUAUCACAGAACUUUGUUGCAAUUGUUUACCAGAAAACUGAGCAUGUAUGUGUCUGAAUAAUAAAACAUGUUUUACAGAAUCAGAAA